AUGGUCACUACUGACAAUGACAAGCCGCCCAUCUCUAAUGUUGUGUGGAAGUCCCUGGCUCUGCAGCCCAAGGCCAGUAUCAGUUGGGUCGUCGAGUAUGGCCUGAACUGGACGCUCACGCUGCCAACCGACGGGAUAUCCGUCACCGUCGGUGGAGACUGGCAGGUCUGCAACAAGGGCGAGUCGUUCGACCUCGACAGCAUCGGCGAAUGGAGCCGCUAUCCGGACGCCGAUGGUAUCCACAUCGUCGUGGGCGUCAAGAACGGGGACAACUUUGAUUGCAUCUUCGUCGACCCCACAGCGCUGCCUCAUGGCAGCUCGGGCUCUUAUCAGCCCCAGGAGCAGGUAAAGUGGUGGCUUCAGGCCUCGAACUUGCAGGGUUCUACGAUCGUGGCCACCUUCAGCAUUGCUGUAGCCCCGGAAAAGCAGAAUAAGGCGUCUCUGGACCUCGCGGCCAAUCUGAACAGGAACGGAUGGAGCGUUUCGUUCAAAUGGGUCGGCAAAAGCGGCACCACGCUCUCGGGACAGUUCACUAAGACGAAAACCGAGCCUGGCACCAUCGAGGCCCUCGGGGCCCAUGUCGAUGACAAGAGUGCUCAGGACGCCUUCAAAGCUGCGCUCGAUGCCUGUGCUUCAGAUUUUCCGGCCGGCGAGGUCCCGACUCUUCGCAGCGGUUAA